AUGUGGACACACGUUAUCCCCAAGUGUUUCCCCAAAUCUCAUGGCUUUUGCUGGUUGACCUAUGGAGGCCCAGCCGAGUACCAAGUGCGCAUCUUCACCAGCGUUAAGCUCAAACGGAGUUUCAAACCCAUCAUUGCUAUCGAGAAUAAGUGGAGGGCUGCUGAAGCUAAGAUCAUUGAGAUCGUCAGGGAUAUUCGGAGACUCGCAGACCCAGCUCUGUUCAUCGAGCUCUACGACGACAUCGUCUUCCCAGCCCAGCACCAAGCAGUCAGCUCCAUGUGGCUCAACCUUCUGGCCUUGUUUUUCUCGAGUUCUGAUAGGUUUGCAUUGGAGCGCUUGAGGAACUCUGGGGAGCUAAACUUACGAGUGCGCGUCCUCUUUGAUGGCAACCGUGGUCUCGGGACCGUCCUGUUGAAUGCGAAGCCGCUGGAUCCAACUGAGGGGCAAUCAUUGAAAGAGUCUGUUUGGUCGAACUGGAGAUCUCAGCUGGAGGAUCACGUCUCUCGUGCGUGGGGGUGGUUGCAUGUGGUGGAUGAGCAACUGCAUGAUGCCGCCAACAUUGCGCGCUUUGGGGCCGUCACAAUUGGCAGAAAGGUGCAGUUCUUCGAGUGCAUUCCCGGGGGGAGGCCUGCUAUUCGGGCAUUUGGACACGGCGAGGACGAAUUGCUGGAGUUGAAGGCUGACGAGGCCAAGAUCAUCGAGAUUUGUUGACGAGAUUCGGAGAAUCAGCCUGGUUGGGUCGGAGGAACGGGACUUGAGACGGCUACAUUAGACCAUCGAUUGAUCAUUUAGCCCCCUAAAGUUCUUUACACCUUGCUCUACUUCCGGUGAUGCUCCUCAGCCUCCUCACACUCCAUCCGAUGCUUCCUCCAAUCCCUCUUCUGGCACUCCCCACUGCAAUACCUGACCUUCAAACACCUCCCACACUUCUUCAACGCCACCCCCUCCUCCUCAUCCUCCGCCUUCCCACACGCCCUGCAACCCGCCACCCUCUUCUCACCACCCCCCGCCAACCCUCUCGCCAGUGCCGGGUCAAUGAUAUCCUCCACCAACUGCGAAGCAUAAACUGGGCUGAUCGCCACCCUAGUAGAAUACAUUGCAGCAGUCUCAUCCCACUCCGGCAGCGGGAUGAAAUCCGAAGGCAACUUCCCCUGACCACAAGAGCAAAUAACCUGCUCCCCCUCCUUCAAGCUCAACGGAACAGUCUUUUGCCCUUUCUCCCCCGAGGCAGUAACAUACUCACACGUCUUGGGGUUAUGUUCCCAAGUUCUGCACCUCUCAACAAAGGCAGGCAAAGCCUUCUUCCACAUCUUGAGCUCUUCGUCAUCAACGGUGAUGGUGCAGCAUUCCAAAGUUCUGAUCAACAGCAAAAAGCCCUCUAGCUCCUUGCUGUCAACCAAAGCCUUUGUGAAAGGAAGAAUAGCAGCAUCCAAGACGACCGUGGCAUGGGGACAGUCAAGGCGGAUGGCGUUGACAAAGAGCAGCAUGUGAAUGCCGCCAUUCUUGGGGUCCGAAAUGGCAAAGAGUCCUGUUUGUCCUCCUUGAAGACCAGAGGAGAGCAUAAAUAUGGUGAAGAGGGACUCCUUGAAGUUGAGACGAGGGGAAGGGCCGAGACCGGUGUAGUUGUCGUCUUGUGCGUUGACCUCCUCUCGGAGACGGCGCUCACGUCCCGAGAAGACGAGGGAGGUGAGGGUGGUCAAAAACUUGAUCCGGGGAUCCUCAUCCUCAUCUUCGUCGAUUGACAGAAUGGGAAGGUUGUCAAGGUUAAGGUGUGGGAUGUUGAGCGUAGCCGGGAUCCCAGAUGGCUGAAUCGCUGUCGACGGCAGGAUGUGCGUGUCAAGUUGGGGCACAUCCAACGGCUUCACCAAAGAAGAAACCACCUCAACAUAGUGUGACUUGCGUGCCACUCUUAGGGCACACUUCUCCUUGGAGACAGGAACUGUGAAGAUCAUGGGCAAGACCAACUUCCGGGCGCCAAAGACCACUUCAAUGGUGAAGGGCGAGACUUGCUCCAUCUUGAUGGGCACUGACUUGUCCGACAACAAGCUACGCCCUUCAUCCGAGGUGAUAUCGAUGUGCCCGAUGAUCUGCAAGACAACAUCCGCCUUGGCAUCCACAGCAUUUUCAUCCAGCUUAGCUGUAAACCAUGGAGUCGUCGAAGUCACCUCUGAUUCGCCAAGCUUCUUGGUCGCUGACUCAACCGAUACCGUCUCAUUUUCGAGGAGCCACUGCCCAGGAAGUACAUGUGUGACGAGUACACUAUCGAUGGGUACUCGGUGAAUUUCGCAUUGAGGAUUGCCCAGCACCGUCUUGUACGCCAAUCGGUUGUAGAAAGGGUCUGCAGUGCACAGCGCCACACUCUGUUUGGAUUGUUGGAAGCCCGCCAAUUUCUCCAUAGGGACAUAUAGCGACACCACUAUAUCAGAAGACCCGGACCAUUCUUCUUUGUCUUCAUCCACUUUGCCUGGGACGCCAUCCUGGUCAGGCGAGUUGAACUUGGUGAUAGAGCCGAACGCUAGCUGGUAGUUCGUGUACUCGAUCCCGGCUUCCGGGAUUGUGACCUUCAGAGGCAGAGGAAUGCCUUCGUCUCUGGAACACUGGGCUACCGGCUUCCACUUCUCCGCCGGCACAGUAAACGUAAUCGCCGCAGAGUCAAGCUUCUUGUUCAACUUCAAAGCCAGCUCACCAAACAGAAAAUCCCCCGUAUAUGCGGGGUUCCCUGACGGUUCAGGCACACCGCAAAUGCCCCAUCCCUUGAUGUGAGGUUCCAAAGUCCCGGCACGAAAGUCCGCAGGCAACGUUUCAUAUGAAUCCAACACCCUGCGAAAGUCCAAGCACAGUCUUUCGCAGAGAACCUUGAGGAUAGCUGCAGCAGUAUUGAAGUGGAAAUGAUGAUGUGGCCCUCUUCUCUUGCUGUUGUCCUGGCUCGACUCAUAAGCCUUGAAGAUCCUACCAAACACCCCUUCAAAGAACAUGAUCAAAUCCCUCGCUUCCAUAGUCAACUGGUCCCUCUGCCCCUUAACCUGCAAAGAAUUCCACUUCCACGCCAGCCUCGAUUGAAUGCCCCUCGGUCUCUCGUCAUCAGCAUACCUCUCACUGAACGUAGCCAACACCUCAUCCACAACCGCCACACUCGUCGAGUUAGUCCAAUACUCCCCCGGGCUCACCCCCAACAAAACCGAAAACGCUGACGUGUACCCCUCCAAAAUAGCCUCAUAAUCCUUCGCACAACACUCCGUAUAUAUCGUCGACGAAGGCACCCUCUUCAACAACACCAACCCAGCAACAAGCACAUUCAACACCCCCUUCUCAUCCCCCAAAACUCCCGUGUCAACAACGUCAAACUCAUUCGGCGCCUCUCCCUUUGCAUACUCCUUCUCGUCCAAGACCAAAAUGUCAAACCUAACCUCUCUCCUAUGCCAACACGCCUCUAACUCUCCACAAUCCUUGUUUCUCUUCAACGUCCAGCACAAUGAGAAAAAGUCGGCCGCCGCAAACCUGACCGUGGCCCUCUUCUCCCCAACCGCCUCUCUGAAUGCCUCCAACCAAUCACCCCACUGCAUCCUCGCUGUCUCGACAAUCCUAUCCUUGAUGUCCUUCUUAUCCACAUUCUCGAUUCUAUAUGGCGACAGUGGCGUCAACGGGGCGUUGGCGGAGGCAAGAUGGAAGCCGACCAGUGGAUCGGUGGGGUAUUCCAGCACUCGUCUCUGGUUCUCAUCGCUAGCUGCCAAAGCGGCAGCAAACACUGGGUUUGGUUUCUUCUCAUCCUGCUUCUUAACGGUCGCUUGCCAGUUUUCCUCGGUAAGCUCAGUCAGCGCUUCCACCAGCCCGCCUACUGACAGUGGCGCGCAAGAUCUCACGCUGGAAGUGACGACUGCCUGCCCUUCUUCACCAUAUGUUUCUUCCUUGCGUUUUUGGGAGCGUUCCAGGAUGGUGUCGAAAUUUUCGGUUGCUUCGGAUGUGGUGUAUUUCGACCAAACGUCUUUCACGAAUUCGAGGGUCCCAGAAUCGCAAAAGCGGAGUUGGCUGUAUGGGCCAGCAUACCAGGCGUCGAGGGAGGAUGCAAGGUCAAAGAGCUUCUGGGCCUGGGUCUGGAGGGCGGUGAGGUUGGAAGGGGUCAGCCAGGCAUCGUAAUAGAUGUUCCAGGCCUGCUCAGCGGUGAUUUUGGAGUCAAGGGCGAGGGUAAAGAGGAGGAUAUUUCUCGCUGUUGACCUGUUAGCUUUUUGUUCUUCAAGCUGCAAGGAUGUAUCGGAUGCUGACCGAUCUGGUGAACCCCCUGCUCGCCCUCCGCGCAAGCCGUGACAUCAAUGCUUUUCCUUUGCGGCAGGCCUUUCUCCGACGCCAAAGUGAAAAGAAGAUGAUGGGCCAGAUCUGGACCGACAACACACAGAAUAUCUGCUGGCAAGCCUUGGGGCAGGUCGCCGGUGAGGCUGAUGGCUGGUGUGAUGUCCACAGAGGCGAACGACCCCGCCAUGGGGUGGUGGGUGGUGGGAGUGAACAUUCUGUCUUGUCUCGCAAUUCUGAUGCUGUAUUCUCUUGCAAUUCCGGCAGGGGAAGGGAGCAGAUAUUUCGAGGAUUAACGAGAAGGAUAGAGCAUGUCGCGGUGUUUGCUGUGUCGGCUCAUGAUGUUGUCGCUGACAGCGCAGAUGUGAGCUCAGAAAUCUCCAAUGGUGGGGCAAAGCCAAUCGCAAAACUGUGCGCGCGCACUGUGCUCUCGAGCAACCAUGACAUUUGAGAAACCACGUUCCGGUGUUCAGUGACAGAGCGGGU